CAAGAGGAAACACUGACGUUUUUUAUUUAGAUUGUCAAGUGCACUGAAGAGAAGGCGAAGUUUCUUGUACUUGAACCACUGGUUACAUUGAAAUAACGUCAGUGAAGACGUGAAAGACAUGAAAUUCUGUCUGCUGCUCCAGAGCAACGCCGCAGCAGAAAGCUUGAUUCAAUCUUGAGGAAAGUAACUGGAAAAUGGCGAUGGUAAAAGUGUUGGCGGUCUUCUUCUUUCUCAUUGAAAGUUGUGCAAUUCAGCAAACGUCUGCUGCUCAAAACACCGACUGUCCCACCGAACAACUCAAAGUUACCGCCUUGUUGCUUCCUCCUUAUGUUAUUCAUGUUAACGCGACUACGCACCAAGGCAUUGCUUAUGACUUCAUCAAAAAGGGACUUGAAAGAUGCUUCGAUCAUUGUCAAGUUGGGUCUGUCAGUUGGACAUUCGUAAACAACACGAAAGACCUGGUUGAAAUCGUAACCAACAAAUCUACAGAUAUUGCAUUUCCGAUUACUUCGUAUGUAGAGUAUGAACUUGAGAAGAGCGAAGACUGGUUUUCGGAAAAUCAUUCGGAUUUUGUAUUUGAAGAAAUGAUGGAGUCCCCUGGAUUGUCUCAUGUUAUACAUACUGAGAAUUUCAAUCAUAAAGCCAGAAUGCAUAUUGUGUCUAAUUUGUUGGAGAUUUGGCCGAUAGUUGUGUUUUGUUUGUUACUUGCGGGUACGUCUGGUAUUUUUGUCUGGGCUUUGGAAUACAGAAUCAACCGCUCCCAAUUCCCAAAGAAUUUUUUCACUGGUUCUUACGAAGGUUUCUGGUGGGCUUUUGUCACCAUGACAACAGUUGGAUAUGGCGACAAAACUCCCAAAUCAGUGUGCGGACGACUGUUCGGGGUGUUAUGGAUUCUAAUCGGUCUAGUAAUCAUCGCAGUGUUUACUGCUGGUGCUACUAAUUCUCUCAACGCUGGCAUCACGUACUACGAAUCUGGGAUAAAAGGAAAACAUAUUGGAGUUCUUAAGUAUUCCGAGGCAGGUAAUGUUGGAGUGAAGAAUGGAGCGGAAAUAUCAGAGUAUGAUAAUUUCAAAUCGAUGCACAAGCACCUAGACGAGGACAAACUGGACGGACUUCUUAUCGACCGAUACGAGGCGGCGUUCCUACUCGACAAAUGGCAUAGAAAAGAUCUUCGAGUUCUGGACACAAUUGAUAAGGAGAUCAGUUACAAGAUGGUUCGUUUGUAUGACAGGAAUACGGCGCUUGGGAAUAAUAGCUGUUUUCAAGGAAGGAUUCUCAGGCACACCAGAUUGACUCAAAACCUUGUGAAUUUGUAUAUAAAGCCGAUUAGGGCAUUCAACAUCGCACAACACUCGGUUGGUAUCUUUUCUAGUACAGCACCUUCAACCAUGAUCACUGCUGCCGUGUUCAGUGGAACGUUUGCGUGCCUGAUCAUCUUAGGAUCAAUUUACCAGUUAAUUUAUCGCAGAUGUGGUCUCUCGCGUAGAAAAACGUAUAAUGCUGAAGAUGAAAUGAUAAACAUGCAUUCCCUUAUGCUAAAAGAAUUGGGCGAAAGCGUCAAAACGUUAAUUGAGGAUCUUGACAAACUAAGAAACAAGCUUCAUAAACUAGAUGCCAAAGAGCUAUGUGAGAAGAAAAUGAACGGGCAUGCGGCGAACAUAACGAUUUAUUCCAGAAGCCAUGAGAAUGAAUAAUCUUAAGUGAAAUGUUUAAAAUUCUACAAGAGACUCUCUGUUUACCUGUCUGAAACGGGACACGCAAAUUAUUUAUGAACCAUUCCUCUUUUUCUUUAUACUUUUAUAUCAAACGGCAUAAAUUUUUAUUUUUCUAAAAAACACAAGACAUUUCAGUUGACAUAUUUUAUGUUAUUUAGUUAGUUACAUUUAAUUACUAAAUGAAAUAUUGAGAAAGUGGCCAUCAGUCUGCAUUCGAAAGCUCUCUUUAACCUCUCCAUUCCCCAAUCACUGUAGGGGCAGGCAAUGAUGGUUGCAGUCCUCUUAGGGUUGAAAAUAUUUUCGAUGCAAAAGUCAGUAUGUAAAAUGACUUCAUAUCUUUUAGGGUCAAGAGUUUUUUCUCUUUAUUGAACAAAAAUGGAUGAAACAAAGAGUUCGAUGCACCCAAGUGGCUAGUCCAAUGAAAUUUAGGCUUAUAAAAUCAAUCAAAUAUGGUCAUACCUUUUAGGGGUGUAAAAUCAACAUGGCUUCAACAGCUCUCUCAAUUCAUACUGUAUAGACCUUUUAGGGAUCAUUUUAUGGGUGGUACUAUAGUGGUUUACUGCUCGCCACUCACUGCUUUGGUCCAGGUUUGAGCCCCGGCUCUGACUGGAUCAUAUGUGUGUUGAGUUUGUUUAAUGUUUUGUUCUCUCCAUUUCCACGAGGAUUUUCUCCGAGUUCUCCAGUUUCCUCCUUCCAUAAAAAUCAACAUGUGAGUUGAGUGUUGAAUAUUGUAAAUAUAGAAUGUAGUGGAAGUGCAUGAGGAGGGAACCUCAUGGAAGAGCCCCAUACAGGUAGUGGUGGUUGUAAAAUGUAUAAUAUGCAUUUUCAAAACUGACUGCCAAUCACCCCUACCACUUUGACAAUGGGACUACUCUCCCCGGACCUAAAACAUGCAAUCAUGUAACAAUAAAACUGCCAGAUAUAGAAAGUCACAGGCCCUGUAAGCUAAGACCUGUCUAGAUUUAAAAGAUUAAAAUAUGUACAUUUACAACAA